AUGCCUACAACUGAUAUUGUGCCUUACAGUAUUGGAGUAAAGAAAACAACUACAUUUCAAAGUAUUGAACUGGAUCCUGAAUGUUUGGAACUUACUUUAGUAGAUGACUCAAAACAGACAGCUUCUAAACUUGAUUUAGCCUAUAUCUUAAUCAAAUAUAUAUAUGUGCUGCAAAUGAAGGAGUAUUAGCAGGAUGGACAGGGUUUAAUACCAUACUCUUUAGUAAAGAACUACCACAUGUAUCCAGGGUUGGCUAUUUGCCGGUUAUUGAUGCAUCACCAACAGAAUAUUCCACUAUCAACACAAUCCUUACAAGGAGCAAAGAAAUCGCUGAUAAGUUGGAACUGAAAUAUGCGGUGUUGGUUUUUGACGAAGCUGUAUAUGCUAAAGUUCAACAGGUUCGCUGGAAGGAAGAGACAUUCUUUAAUCGAUUUGUUGUACGCUUUGGUGAAUUCCACACUAUCAUGACCUAUCUGUCGGCUAUGUCAAAGAUAUUUGAAGAUGGAGGCCUAAAGGUAAUUAAUUUAACACUUAAUUAUCUACCCUAAGUUAACUUGACUGUGAACAAAUCUCAUACCCAGGCUUGUUAGGGAAACAGGAAUUAUUAACAAAUAAUAAAUUUGUGGCGGUGCUAAUUAAGAAACAGUGAAACUGAACAGUAACAGUUUCAUUCCACAUACAUUCUGUAUAUGUUUAUCAACUAAAACAUGAUUUUUUUCUUUUUGUAUGUAGGUUGUAUUUAUAGAAUCUGGUAUUGUGAACGAAGGAUCAAUCCAAGGCGUCCUUUCUGGUAAACAUUACAACAGGUCAGUGUCGUGUCAUAAGAUAAUGUAUGAAGCACUGCAACGCCUAAGAUUCCAAGCAUUUAUGGAUCAAAUGACCGAAGAAGACCAAGAAGUUAUGACUUCAUUCAUUGAGAGCAUGGCAGGCUCGUUUCCGGAAGAUAAGUUCCUGAGUGAUGAUAUAGAAAGUCCUUUGAUGCAACAGAUAUUGGAAUCCUAUGAAUUAUUUAUAGCAGAGUCAUCCAGUAAAUCAAGGACAUUUGCCUUUUGGACCAUGUAUAUUGAAAUGGCAG